AUGACAAGUGCUGAUGUCCACCAACCAGAAGAAUGUGAAUCAGGAAGCAAGGCCGAGAUUCUAGCCGUUGCCAGCUACGUUCGUCAGCAAUGCCAAGAACAAACGGAGAAACCGACGGAAUCUCUUGCAGUGCCAUCCUUAUGCUUAUCCUUAUCCACAGUCAAGCAGCUCAUGGAGACAGUCAAGCAGGCUGCAACUGGCUAUAGCAAUAGUACUGGUAGUACUGGUAGUACUAGUACCAUGUUGAAGUCCCUGCUCAGUGACACCAAGAAGAUUGCGUCCAUUGUCCAGCGAAUGGUCAAGCUGCACCCAGUGCUCCAACUUAUCGAGGGUCCGACCAUUCUGCAAGACCUGACAAAAGCCAUGGGAAAACUGUACUCAACUCUACAUGUCCUACAAUCAGUAGUACAUGUAGCACAAACUGCUGUGACUUGCAGAAAUUGGAAACAGAUGCAAGCAAAACUGGAAUUCCUGGUCGAAAAAGCCACAUAUGACAAGGCACAGCUACUGCAUACAUGUACAGGUAGUACCACCACCACCCCAUGCUCUCCAGUUUUGCAGACAUGUCUCCAGGAAACAACUACUAGUACCGGUAGUAACGGUAAACCUUCCAAAGACCUUUUGAAAGUUCUGCAACGGCACAAACGCAAGCUCUGCCAAAAGGCCAUGGACGAAACCAAAGAGGAAUCCAAACGGGAAAGAGCCAAAGCACUGGUAGAAUACCUGGACAAAUUGUUGGACAAACUUGCCAAUGCCGACAAUGACAACAACGACAGGAAGCAAACGAGAGUGUCGGAAGCAGCAGGAGAAUUGCCAUCGUUUGGAAGUCCAGGAAAAGUCUCCUUAUUGGAGGAUGAACUGGGGCCCAGUGCCCACCCAACCAAUUACAAAAGCAUGCUCCUCUUGUUCAGUAACAGCAAGAAUGAGGGCAACGCCAAUGCCAAUGAUAACGACUUGCGUGUCUCGGUGUCUACGAUGGGUUUUUCGGAUGGGGAUGAUGAUGGCAAUGAUGCCAUCUUGGGACAAGAAAACCCCUAUCCGGAAGAGGAGGAGGUAACAGAUGACUAUGAGGUCCCCAUCCAGGAUAAUCUGGGACAAGAUAGCACCGGCAUUACUCGUACUAGGAAACCUUCGGCACAACAAUCACUGGACGAAAUGUUCAACAGUGCACUCAACCGACAAACCACCACGGAUACCCAAAUGACAGAAGUGGUCGACAAUCGAGCCUUGAUUCAACAGACAAGACCAAAGCUACGACCAUUGGACCGCUCCACAAUGACACAACUAAAGACCCGCACUGCAUGUACUAUGGAUGAUGACUCCGUUGACACACUUCAUCGCAAACAAGCAUGGAAGACAGCUGCAAAGGCCAAGCAGCAACUGCAUGAAGAUGCAAGUCUCAUGGAUGAUUCUAGUAGCGGAGGAGUUCUUGGUUCCAAGAUGGACGAGGGCGAUGCUCAUCCCAGCAACGACAAGAGCAACGACAAGAGCAGCACUCGUCGAAAGCACACCCGCGGCCUGAGCCCCUUCCGGACAAAAGCAAAACCUCAACCAGCAGACACGUCGUAUCCUAUGGUCGAUCAUGCCGAUACCGAUACUGGCAAAAUCAAUCUGCAAAAGAGCAAGCCCAAGAACCCUGUCAAGAAGCUGUUCAAAAUGCUCAAGGGAGGCAACGUUCACUCAAAGGAGCAGGAAAAGGGGGACACUCUCAGGGUUUCUGUGAACCAGCAGAAAGACCAAAAUAGAGCAUUGAAAAUGUCUACAUCCGGCAAAGUUCCGUUGACGAAUGCAUCAGUGAAUACGGCCAUGACGGCUUCCAUGAAUACUGCAUUGUCUUUGGCCGAUCACCACCGGGAUGAAAGAUACAGCCAGAUGACCAGCCAAUGUGCCAGCAACAACUCCACUUUGCCAUCCGGCAGUGGGCACUCUAUAACUAUUGCUGGCACCAGGGUAGAACCUACUAGAAACAGAAACACCAACAAGAAAUGCAUGGACGCGCCACCGCCGUUGGUGCCAAUGACCGGAGAUGGCAACACCGUCUUUUUAGAAGGAAAGAACCGAGCAGAGUAG